AAUCGUGCUAGUGUAAUCGUGGAGUGUGGUUUGUUCUUUCGCAUAUCUGCAUUUUUCCUUAAAAUUCCGUUGCAUUCUUUAGUGAAUAUGGGCCGCCCACGCAAAACUAAAUCCCAGAGGAUUGAUGCUAAAAAAGCAAACGCAGCAAACAUGCAAGAUCUUGAGAAAAUGGUGAAGGAGCAUCAGUCGCAAAAACCAGAAAAGAAGCGCCCCUGUUACAAUACCAACAGAACACCGGCGGUGAAGCGAAUCGGUAAAACUGAUCCUAAAAAACUACUGCUACCGAACAAUCCAGAGCAAAUUGCUUCAACUUCUGCAUUUCAUGUACCAAUGCUUCAAGUCCACAUUUCCGAUUCUCCAUUGAAAUAUGCUGCACCAGCUGCGACAACUUCUGAAAAUUCCGUCCAUGAUCCUCAAAUCAUCGCUUCUGGCAGCAAAUCAAUCGUAGUUGGUUCCGUUGGAUCCGUAUCAUCGCAUCCUUUGGAAUCAAACAAUGAUGAAACUUCCUCCGGUAUGGAAGUCGUGUUCCAGGGAUUUUGUGAGGAUCAGUCGAACGAGAAUUCUGAUCUACUCGUCAUUAAGAAGCUGCAGGAGGAAAUCGAUAAAAAGACAAGAGAAAUUCGUUUGCUCCAAGAGGAAAAUACAAAACGUCAAUUCGGCAAUAGUAACGGAUCAUCAAUUACCAAGCAAGCCGGUAAACCACUUCCUAAAAAAGUUGUGCUAUCCGAUCCAAUCUCGUCAACUGCUGCGUUCCAUGUGUCAAAGCCUCAAGACUACAUUUCGGAUUCUCCAUUAACUCUGCCCACUGCGACGGCAUCUGAAAUUUCAAUCUACGUUCCUGAAACCAUUGCUUCUGGAAGUAGGCCGAUCGCAGUUGGACCCAAGGCAUCGCAUCCUGUUAGACCACCCAGCACUACUGUCCAUAGUAAUGACAGUUCUAUAAGCAGUGAGGAAGCCAUUGGGUUGUGUGACGAACAGUUCAACGAGAAUUCCGAUGAAGUAAUUAGAAAGCUGCAGGAGGAAGUUAAAGAAAAAUCGAGCCUUAUUCGAUUGCUUCAGGAAGAGAUUGCGAAACUCCGUUCGCUAAAUAUGCUGCUUCAAGAGUCUUUGAUGCAAAAAGGACCGGAAGGAACGUUCACUGAAUAUCCGGGUUAUCCAACUUCAGAGUGGUUGUUGAGUGUUUCCCAAAAUUCGGAUGACAGUGACUAUCUGUUCACCAAGGAGUUGCUAUUUCAUUUAUUUCCGGAAGGAAUUGGCAAUGCAACAGCGACUGGAAGAGCUUCAAACAACCCUAAAGGACGCUCCAAGGAAGCAUCGGAUCCUGAAUGCAAAAAUCAACCAACCGCUCAGCUAGAUCCGGAUAAGCUUAAAUACAUUAGAGAUCGUCUUUACGAGCGGCGUCGUUUGCUUCAGGACCCAGUCGGCGUUGCUUUUGCGAAGGCCAAAAUGAUAAACAGGCUUGUCGCUACUGUAAUUGCAAAUAAUCCAUCAUUGCGGAACAAGCAAAAGUGAAAUCUUGAGAUAUGUGAUCGUUUUGCUCUAUUUGUGGCAUUUUUAAUGGAUUCAAUCUUUUUUUAUAACUUUGUUGUCACUAACGUAAUUUGUUACAUUUCAAAAAGAUGUAAAGUCAACUGUUUUUUAAUAUUCAUAUAGGAAGAAUAAAUGAGAUUUUCCAAAA